AUGACUAGUAAAUCUUGCUCACAAGGCUGUAAGAUCCCACUUCCCUUCUUUUACCCUUCUGCAGAAAAACUGUUGUUUCAACACCAAACUCUGGUGAAAUUUUCCAACCGACAUUUCUUUCCAAACUAUGAAAGCUUAUUUUUUGCUUUGGCAACUCAGACAGAGGUGAAGCAUUUAGCCAUGCAACUUCUUGUGCUGCUCACUGUAGUCCUCUGCAGCUGUCCCUUCUCAGGGGCAUCUCGCAUUGUUGGUGGCCGUGAGGCAAGAGCCCACUCCAGACCCUACAUAGCUUCCCUGCAGAUAAGAGGGUUUCAUUUUUGUGGGGGUGCCCUCAUCAAUGAAAAAUGGGUCCUUACUGCAGCACAUUGCAUGGAAGACACGCCUGUUGACUCAGUGCGUGUCGUUCUUGGUGCUCACAAUCUGCAACGUCCAGAUAGUUUAGUCCAGGAGUUUCGUGUUCAAGAGUCUGUACAGAACCCUGAAUAUAACCCAACCACCUUUCAAAAUGACAUCCAUCUGCUGAAGCUGAAUGACUCUGCUGUUAUCACUUCCGGUGUGAGAACCAUUCGCCUUCCUGUGCCUAAUUCAGAUGUGGCACCCAGGUCAAACUGUUCAGUAGCUGGAUGGGGAGACAUCAAUGACUUUGGCACUUCUCCUAGAGCCCUUAUGCAGACAAAUGCAGAUAUCAUCAGUCGUCAGGCUUGCAAUAGGUCCUGGGGUGGAGCCAUCACCAAUACUAUGCUGUGCGCAGCUACCCCAGGAGUUCUGGCAAAAGGUUUCUGUUCGGGUGACUCUGGAGGACCCCUUGUGUGCAGAAACAGACUAGAAGGUGCUGUGUCUUUCUCAGGACGUUUCUGUGGGAAUGCUAUGUUUCCAGAUGUAUAUACUCGUGUCUCAUCCUACCUGCCUUGGAUCGAAACAGUGAUCAGACAAAACUGAUAGAGGCAACAGCACAUAUCCUGAUAUGGUUUUAGUCUCUUACUGUUAAUAUUGCUAUUGAAAUGGAUUAUGGACCUCAUUUACUAUUUACUACCCCUCUUUGUAAAUUAGGAUAUACUUUUUUCAGAAUAAAGAUGUACUUUGAUUCGUGAUGCCAAAAUAAUAGAACCUAUAAGCAGCAUUGCAUGUGUACUGCUUUUUAUUACAUACAAUUAUGAUUUGAUGAUUUAAUAAAUGCUCAUCCUCCUAACAAA